UGAAGGCUGCGGCUGGAAAUUACCAGAAUGGCAAGGAAGUGAUGGCACUGCUUCUCGACCGGCGGGGAGACCAGAUCACCAUCACCGAAGAGGUGGUGAAGGCUGCGGCUGGAAAUUACGGGAACGGCAAGGAAGUAAUGGCACUGCUUCUCGACCGGCGGGGAGACCAGAUUACCAUCACUGAAGAGGCGUGUCUAUGAUUGCCAGGAGGUUUGAUAAAAAAGUAAUGGCACUACUUCUCGACCGGCGGGGAGACCAGAUCACCAUCACCGAAGAGGUGGUGAAGGCUGCGGCUGGAAAUUAUCGGAAUGGCAAGGAAGUGAUGGCACUGCUUCUCGACCGGCGGGGAGACCAGAUCGCCAUCACCGAAGAGGUGGUGAAGGCUGCGGCUAGAAACUACCAGAAUGGCAGGGAAGUAAUGGCACUGCUUCUCGACCGGCGGGGAGACCAGAUCACCAUCACUGAAGAGGUGGUGUCUAUGAUUGCCGGGAGGUUUGAUAAAGAAGUAAUGGCACUGCUUCUCGACCGGCGGGGAGACCAGAUCACCAUCACCGAAGAGGUGGUGAAGGCUGCGGCUGGAAAUUACUGGAAUGGCAGGGAAGUAAUGGCACUGCUUCUCGACCGGCGGGGAGACCAGAUCACCAUCACCGAAGAGGUGGUGAAGGCUGCGGCUAGAAAUGAAGGGAAUGGCAAGGAAGUAAUGGCACUGCUUCUCGACCGGCGGGGAGACCAGGUAACUAUCACCGAGGAUGUGGUGGAGGCUGCGGCCGGAAAUGAAGGGAAUGACAAAGCGUAGCUGAGUGAGAUGUUGAAGGAUUCGCCGUGAAGGAGCGACUGUCUCAGAGUAGACUUGG